CCUGUACAAAGAUUGCACGCUUCCGAGAGCCGCCUGAUUUGUGACUGACUCAGACCGCGUGACGCUGUUUUUUUUUUCUGCCUCUUUUCAUUCCGCCGAAUCGCAGGGCGUCAACACUGUGAGGUGAUAAAAAACGCCAACAUCGAAUUAUCCACGGGUGAAAACGCAUUAAAUCCGCGGAGGAAUGUCAGAGGAUAAUUAUAGCGCAAAACAAUGAAGCGUGAAGUUGAAAAUGUGCUCUGCUCGGUACUUUUUGGCAUUCUCCAAGUGACGUCGCACGCUUCUACAUCGCACGUGAACCACUGCAGAGUGAUUAUCGAGACAUCACAUUCGUUCCAUAUCCCGUUCGACAUCGUCGAGAUGGUGAUGGUCGUUGCACCGCGCAUUGAGCAGCCUGCGUCGGAGGGCGCACCAGCUGAGAGCUGGGCAAAGAAGUUCCAACACCACGUAGAUCAAGCCCAACAGCGAGAAGGGAAUCAAUCCGACUCUUUCUCUGGCUUCAACAUGACCUGUGACCGGUCUUUUCACGCUUCGAGACUUCCGGAGGGGAACGUUUCAAAUCUGGAAACUCCACCUCGUCCCCCAGGUCCCGUAGAGUCUGCAGAAAAUUACGACGAAUCUCGUCGUCAGGAACAAUAUGGGCCACACUCCACAUGGCGGCAGGAAACUGCAAAUGAAGAUGACGCUAGCUCAUCCUCGUCCUGGUGCUCGUCAUCGUCGUCAUUCUGUUCUGACGAUGAGUACGCCGAGUGCAGAGAACUUCCCAGAGCACAGGGCAGUCAUCCACCUCCGGAACAUUUACCUCCGCCGUCAUAUCUGCCUCCCCCACCUCAUCACGGACAUCCGCCACCUCCGCCACCCGUUCAUCACGGAUUCCAUGGACCUCCACCCCCUCCCCAUCACUACGGCCACUAUGGACCACCUCUAUCACCUCAUCACGGACACUUUGGACCACCCGGUCAUCCGCCACCUCCACCGCCCGGUCACCACGGAUUCUACGGGCCGCCAACCCCACCUCCCCCACCGCAUCAUUACCGUCAUCAUAAACCACCUCCAUCACCUCAUCAGAGACAUUUCGGACCACCAGGACAUCCGCCACCUCCACCUCCGGGUCACCAUGGAUUCCGCGGACCCCCACCUCCACCUCUUCCACCGCAUUACUACCAGCAUCAUGGACCACCUCAUCAUCCUCCACCCCCACCUCCUCCCGGUCAUCAUGGUCACCAUGGACCAGCUCAUCCUCCACCUCCUCCAGGUCACCAUGAUCAUCAUGGGCCAGCUCAUCCUCCACCUCCUCCCGGUCAUCAUGGUCACCAUGGACCACCUCAUCAUCCUCCACCCCCACCUCCUCCCGGUCAUCAUGGUCACCAUGGACCGCCUCUUCAUUCUCCACCCCCACCUCCUCCCGGUCAUCAUGGUCACCAUGGACCAGCUCAUCCUCCACCUCCUCCUGGUCAUCAUGAUCACCAUGGACCAGCUCAUCCUCCACCUCCUCCCGGUCACCAUGGACCAGCCCAUCCUCCACCCCCUCCCGGUCACCAUGAUCACCACGGACCAGCUCAUGCUCCACCACCUCCCGGUCAUCAUGGUCACCAUGGACCAGCUGUUCCUCCACCUCCUCCUGGUCAUCAUGGUCACCACGGACCAGCUCAUCCUCCACCUCCUCCCGGUCAUCAUGAUCACCAUGGUCAUCAUGGGAAAGGCAAUUCUCCACCUCCACCUUCACCUCCACCUAGCUAUCAUGAUCGCGAUGGACCAGCUCAUCCCCCUCCUCCGCCUUCUUCCCCUCAUCACCGUGAUCACCAUGGAGUACCGCAUCAUCCACCAGCACCAGCUCGUCGUCAUCGCCGUCACAGUCAUCAUGGACAUCACGAAAACAACGGGCAUGAAGGUCACCAUGAUCAUCACGGACCACCAAGGCCAAGACAUCGUCUUUCCUCAGGGCAGCAUCCGCCAUACGGUCGUCACGAGGAUUCGAACGGACCACCACGCGAUCGCAAAGGCGAUAAGAACGGAGGUCAUCACGGGCAUCGCCGUAACCAUGGUCAUCGGAAGAAUACCGAAGACUUCGGGGAAUCAAGAUACCGUACGGAAUAAGAAUCGUUCGGUUGUAGGAAAGGCUAAGGGCCUUUCCAGCAAUGGCGAGAUAUAUUGUUACGUGAUCGGAACUGCGAGCCAUUGCAUAUAUACUAUCCUAUAUCCUCUUAUAUUCAUAGAUGUACUCCGUUAAUCUGAUUCUCAAAGGAGGAGGCAUGUUUCCCUUUGGAGAAUACAGCUGCUGUUAUUAAUAUAGCGUCAAAGGAUACCCCGGCGACUGCAACUCCAGCAUUACAGCAUUAUUUACAUAUAUAUUCAACUUGGCAUACGAUAUAUACUCAAUGUUUAUUAAUCCUGUUUCUCGUGCAUCGAGCAGAGAUAACAUAUUAUAUUAAACGUACGUGCACAUAUGCGUAUGUUUCUGACAAUUAUUAUACUUACUUAAUACGUUCAUCGUUGUUAUACUAUAUGGGAUAUGGAUCAAUAAAGGUUAAAUAAAAUUAAACAAA